AUGAUAAACUCAUCGCGAGGAUUGGAUUUGUAUAAUGGCAAUAACAAUGGCGUAUCAAAGCAGAAAUCCGGCAUGUUGUUGAAAAACGACGAUCAUCAUCAUCAUCGCCGGAAUCAUCCAAAUGACGCCGUGGAAAAGUUACAUGUGCAUAUCAGCAACAUGCCGGAAUCUCAUCAACCACCUCCGCCGUCCUCCUCCGAUAACGAAUCUCCAUACGACGACGAGCCAUUAAUGGAUUCCUAUUCGAAUAUGAUGAGCUCUACACAGACCUCGCCGGUGGCAAGUUCCCAAUGGAAUUUAGAAAUCCCCGAUCACAAGGAUUUUUAUUCGAAUCGAACCGGAUUAAUGGCUUCUCUUGUUCGUCAAGAAGGAAAUAUAUAUUCGUUGGCGGCAAUCGGAGAUUUGUUGUACACCGGAUCUGAUAGCAAGAACAUUCGUGUUUGGAAGAAUCAAACGGAGUUUUCUGGAUUCAAAUCGAACAGCGGAUUGGUGAAAGCGAUUGUGAUUGCAAACGAUAAGAUAUUUACCGGCCACCGCGACGGGAAAAUCAGGGCAUGGAAGGUGUCAGAUAAGAACCCUAGCGUUCAUAAAAAGAUCGGAACUCUACCAAAUUUGACGUCGAUCGUGAAAAAAUCGAUAAGACCGAAGAAUUAUACGGAGGUGAGGAACAAUCACAGUGCAAUUUGGAUCAAACAUUUCGAUGUGAUUUCUAGUCUUAGUUUGAGCGAAGAUCAUUCGAUAUUGUAUUCAAGUUCAUGGGAUAAGACGGUAAAAGUUUGGAAAGUAUCAGAUUUCAAGUGUUUGGAAUCCAUUUCCGCUCAUGACGACGCUGUUAACGCGGUGGUCGCCGGAUUUGACGAUUUGGUUUUUUCCGGUUCGGCGGAUGGGACGGUUAAACUGUGGCGGAGGGAGAUGCCGGGAAAAAGAACGAAGCAUGCCUUUUUGGACACUUUACUGAAGCAGGAAUCCGCCGUGACGUCGUUGGUGGUUAAUCCGGCGGGGACGGUGGUUUACGCGGGUUUAUCCGAUGGGCUUUUGCAUUUUUGGGAACGGGAUAAGUUAUUUUCCGGUGGUAGGGUUUUGAGAUGUCACAAGCUGGCGGUUCUGUGCUUAGCGGCGGCGGGGAGGAUGGUGUUCAGCGGUUCGGCGGACACAAAUAUAUGUGUGUGGCGGAGAGACGACGGAGGAGAGCAUAUACGCAUGCACGUUUUGAAUGGACACACUGGUCCGGUGAAGUGUUUGGCGGUGGAUGGAGAUCGUCCGGGAGCGAUGAACCGCCGUGAAGGUGGUGGUGGAAGGCCGUGGACGUUGUAUAGUGGGAGUUUAGAUAGGUCGGUGAAGAUAUGGCGGGUGUAUACAGAAACGCCGCAUAUGGAGGAGCAAGAACCGCCGCCGUCGUCGCAGCCGAAGGAUAGGGUCCGGCGGAACAAUAACGCCGGAUUUCAGAGCUUCACGGCUCAAGGGCGGUUGAUUCAACGGAGAAAGUAG